AACAGGACAAAGGUGAAUGGCUUGAAUGUAAAAGAGGGCAGGUUUAGAUUAGGUAUCAUGAAGAAAUUAUUCAAGACAAGGGUGGUGAGGCCAUAAAUGAGUUUCCCGGAAGAGCUGCUGAUGCCCCAUCCCUGGCAGCGCCCGAGUCCAGGCUGGAUGUGGCUUUGCACAGCGGGCGGUGUCCCCGCACUGGGGCAGCUCAGAUGUGGCCAAUGGUGGAGCAGCGCUACCUGGGAUCCCAGCACUGCCCUCCUCCCGACGCCGCCUCUAAAAGCGCUGCUGAGCUGCACAGCGCUUCCAGCCCCGGCGCUGCUGUGUGGGACGAGAGCAGCAACAGCACGAGUGCAGCAGUCAGAGCUGGGACACAGCGCAGCGCUGCUUUGGCUCCCCGUGUGAGUGUGAGCGCUCUCCCGAUGGCAGGACGUCACAGCACAGGAUCCCAGCUGAGCAUCAUCCUGGUGGGGAAGACAGGAAGUGGCAAGAGUGCGACAGGGAACACCAUCCUUGGGACAAACAAGUUUCAUUCCACUGUGUCAGCAGUGUCGGUAACCAAAGAGUCGCAGAAAACCGAAGGCCAUUUUGCUGGAAGAGCAAUUACUGUUGUUGACACUCCUGGCCUUUUUGACACUAAGGAAGUCAAUGAAAAAACAGCUGAAAAGAUUAAGAAUGCGUUUCAGGAUUUCUCUGCAGGUGUCCAUGCCAUUGUCCUGGUGAUGCAGCUGGGACGAAUCACACCGGAGGAGCAGGAAGUGGCUGAGUGGGUGACCAGGAUGUUCCAUGUGAAAGCAGAUAAAUACACAAUCCUCUUAUUCACCCGAGCAGAGGAGCUGCAGCAUCCAGAAGACCUGAAGGGCUUCAUAGAAGAGAGCCCAUUCCUCAAGGAGCUGGCAGCCAAGUGUGGAAAUCGAUGCAUUGCUUUCAGCAACAGAGCCACUGGGGAGGCGAGGGAUCGGCAGGUUGCAGAGCUCAUCGCCAUGAUUGACGCCAUGGUAGAGCAGAAUGGUGACGCUCCGUGUUACACGCGAGAAAUGCUGGAGAAGGCUCCCCGUGUGAGUGUGAGCGCUCUCCCGAUGGCAGGACGUCACAGCACAGAGUCCGAGCUGAGGAUCCUGCUGGUGGGCAGGACGGGGAGUGGCAAGAGUGCGACAGGGAACACCAUCCUUGGGAAGGAGGAACUUGAAUCUUAUCUGUCACCAGAGUCAGUAACCCAAGAGUGCAAGGAAGUCAAAGGCUGCUCUGCUGGACGGUCACUGGUUGUUGUUGACACUCCUGGCUUUCAUGUCACUAUGGAAGACAACCUGAAAACAGCUGAGAAGAAAGCCUUUCAGUUCCUGUCCGGAGGGGUCCAUGCCAUCGUCCUGGUGAUGCAGCUGGGCCCAAUCACACUGGAAGAGGCUGAGUGGCUGUCCAAGAUGUCCCAUACUGAAGCACACAAGUACACAAUCCUGUUAUUCACCCGAGCAGAGGAGCUGCAGCAUCCCGAAGAUCUGAAGAGCUUCAUAGAAAGGAGCGGAUGCCUCAAGGAGCUGGCAGCCAAGUGUGGAAAUCGGUACCUCGGUUUCAGCAACAGAGCCACUGGGGAGGCGAGGGAUCGGCAGGUUGCAGAGCUCAUCGCCAUGAUUGACGCCAUGGUAGAGCAGAAUGGUGACGCUCCGUGUUACACGCGAGAAAUGCUGGAGAAGGCUCCCUCUAUGAGCAUUGUCCCGAUGGCAGGACGUCACAGCAAAGAGUCCGAGCUGAGGAUCCUGCUGGUGGGCAAGACGGGGACCGGCAAGAGUGCGACAGGGAACACCAUCCUUGGGAAGGAGGCAUUUCGUUCCAUGUUGUCAGCACAUUUGGUAACCCAAGAGUGCAAGGACGUCAAGGACCAUGUUAAUGGAAGACCAGUUCUUGUUAUCGACACUCCUGGCCUAUUUGAUACAAGGGAAACCAAUGAAAAAACAGCUGAAAAGAUUAAGAAUGCCUUUCAGAAAACCAGUGAAGGUGUCCAUGCCAUCAUCCUGGUGAUGCAGCUGGGACGAAUCACAGAGGAAGAGGAGAAAGUGGCUGAGUGGGUGACCAAGAUGUUCCACAAGAAAACACGCAAGUACACAAUCCUGUUAUUCACCCGAGCAGAGGAGCUGAAGCAUCCAGAAGACCUCAGUGUUUUCAUAGAAGAGAGACCAUACCUCAAAGAGCUGGCAGCCAAGUGUGGAAAUCGGUACCUCGGUUUCAGCAACAGAGCCACUGGGGAGGCGAGGGAUCGGCAGGUUGCAGAGCUCAUCGCCAUGAUUGACGCCAUGGUAGAGCAGAAUGGUGACGCUCCGUGUUACACGCGAGAAAUGCUGGAGAAGGCUCCCUCUAUGAGCAUUGUCCCGAUGGCAGGACGUCACAGCAAAGAGUCCGAGCUGAGGAUCCUGCUGGUGGGCAAGACAGGGAGUGGCAAGAGUGCGACAGGGAACACCAUCCUUGGGAAGGAGGCAUUUCGUUCCAUGUUGUCAGCACAUUUGGUAACCCAAGAGUGCAAGGACGUCAAGGACCAUGUUAAUGGAAGACCAGUUCUUGUUAUCGACACUCCUGGCCUAUUUGAUACAAGGGAAACCAAUGAAAAAACAGCUGAAAAGAUUAAGAAUGCCUUUCAGAAAACCAGUGAAGGUGUCCAUGCCAUCAUCCUGGUGAUGCAGCUGGGACGAAUCACAGAGGAAGAGGAGAAAGUGGCUGAGUGGGUGACCAAGAUGUUCCACAAGAAAACACGCAAGUACACAAUCCUGUUAUUCACCCGAGCAGAGGAGCUGAAGCAUCCAGAAGACCUCAGUGUUUUCAUAGAAGAGAGACCAUACCUCAAAGAGCUGGCAGCCAAGUGUGGAAAUCGGUACCUCGGUUUCAGCAACAGAGCCACUGGGGAGGCGAGGGAUCGGCAGGUUGCAGAGCUCAUCGCCAUGAUUGACGCCAUGGUAGAGCAGAAUGGUGACGCUCCGUGUUACACGCGAGAAAUGCUGGAGAAGGCUCCCCGUGUGAGUGUGAGCGCUCUCCCGAUGGCAGGACGUCACAGCACAGGGUCCCAGCUGAGCAUCAUCCUGCUGGUGGGCAAGACGGGGAGUGGCAAGAGUGCGACAGGGAACACCAUCCUUGGGAAGGAGGAAUUUGAAUCUUAUCUGUCACCACAGUCAGUAACCCAAGAGUGCAAGGACGUCAAAGGCUGCUCUGCUGGACGGUCACUGGUUGUUGUUGACACUCCUGGCUUUCAUGUCACUAUGGAAGACAACCUGAAAACAGCUGAGAAGAAAGCCUUUCAGUUCCUGUCCGGAGGGGUCCAUGCCAUCGUCCUGGUGAUGCAGCUGGGCCCAAUCACACUGGAAGAGGCUGAGUGGCUGUCCAAGAUGUCCCAUACUGAAGCACACAAGUACACAAUCCUGUUAUUCACCCGAGCAGAGGAGCUGCAGCAUCCUGAAGAUCUGAAGAGCUUCAUAGAAAGGAGCGGAUGCCUCAAGGAGCUGGCAGCCAAGUGUGGAAAUCGGUACCUCGGUUUCAGCAACAGAGCCACUGGGGAGGCGAGGGAUCGGCAGGUUGCAGAGCUCAUCGCCAUGAUUGACGCCAUGGUAGAGCAGAAUGGUGACGCUCCGUGUUACACGCGAGAAAUGCUGGAGAAGGCUCCCUCUAUGAGCAUUGUCCCGAUGGCAGGACAUCACAGCACAGAAUCCGAGCUGAGGAUCCUGCUGGUGGGCAAGACAGGGAGUGGCAAGAGUGCGACAGGGAACACCAUCCUUGGGAAGGAGGCAUUUCGUUCCAUGUUGUCAGCACAUUUGGUAACCCAAGAGUGCAAGGACGUCAAGGACCAUGUUAAUGGAAGACCAGUUCUUGUUAUCGACACUCCUGGCCUAUUUGAUACAAGAGAAACCAAUGAAAAAACAGCUGAAAAGAUUAAGAAUGCCUUUCAGAAAACCAGUGAAGGUGUCCAUGCCAUCAUCCUGGUGAUGCAGCUGGGACGAAUCACAGAGGAAGAGGAGAAAGUGGCUGAGUGGGUGACCAAGAUGUUCCACAAGAAAACACGCAAGUACACAAUCCUGUUAUUCACCCGAGCAGAGGAGCUGAAGCAUCCAGAAGACCUCAGUGUUUUCAUAGAAGAGAGACCAUACCUCAAAGUGAUGGCAGACAAGUGUGGAAAUCGAUGCAUUGCUUUCAGCAACAGAGCCAGUGGGGAGGCGAGGGAUCGGCAGGUUGCAGAUCUCAUCAGCAUGAUUGAUGCCAUGGUCGAGAAGAAUCUCAGAGCUCCGUGUUACACACAGGAAAUGCUGGAGGAAGACACACAGACAUUGCGUGAAAAGUUUUGUACCUUCCUGUAGGCAGCCAGGGGUCAGUCCCAGAACAGGGACCUCCUCUGCUGUGCCGUUCCUGCUGUCUGUAUGGGGUGAUGUGAGGCAGGGUGUGUGGUGAUGGGCCUGAAGGAGCUGUCAAUAAACACUGAGCAUUGCUGUGUG